CUCCUGGGGGACUCCAGGUCUGAGCUGCCACCUCGCUGAUGGACUGCUCUGGAUGCUUUCCCUGCAGGGUCCAGGUCGAGUUCUACGUGAAUGAAAACACCUUCAAGGAGCGGCUGAAACUCUUCUUCAUCAAAAACCAGCGAUCCAGCCUGAGGAUCCGGCUCUUCAACUUCUCCCUGAAGCUGCUCACCUGCCUCCUGUACAUCGUCCGCGUCCUGCUCGACAACCCGGAGGAGGGCAUAGGCUGCUGGGAAUGCGAGAAGCAGAAUUACACAAACUUCAACCAGUCCACCAAGAUAAACUGGUCACACAUCUUCUGGGUGGAUAGAAAAAUGCCACUGUGGGCUGUGCAGGUCAGCAUAGCUCUGAUCAGCUUUCUGGAGACCAUGCUGCUCAUCUAUCUCAGCUACAAGGGGAACAUCUGGGAACAGAUUUUUCGCAUUUCGUUCAUCCUUGAGAUGAUCAACACGGUGCCGUUUAUUAUCACGAUAUUCUGGCCUCCUCUGCGGAAUUUGUUCAUUCCUGUGUUUUUGAACUGCUGGCUUGCCAAAUACGCCCUGGAGAACAUGAUUAAUGACCUGCACCGAGCCAUACAAAGGACCCAGUCUGCCAUGUUUAACCAGGUCCUCAUUCUGAUCUGCACCCUUCUGUGUCUCGUUUUCACGGGGACCUGUGGCAUCCAGCACUUAGAAAGAGCAGGCGAGAAGCUCUCCCUCUUCAAGUCCUUCUAUUUCUGCAUUGUCACCUUCUCCACGGUGGGCUACGGAGACGUGACACCAAAGAUCUGGCCUUCCCAGCUCCUGGUGGUGAUCAUGAUCUGCGUCGCCCUGGUGGUGCUGCCCCUCCAGUUCGAGGAGCUCGUCUACCUGUGGAUGGAGCGGCAGAAGUCGGGAGGCAAUUACAGCCGACACCGCGCCCAGACAGAGAAACAUGUUGUCCUCUGUGUCAGUUCCCUCAAGAUCGAUCUCCUCAUGGACUUUCUCAAUGAGUUUUAUGCCCACCCACGCCUGCAGGAUUACUACGUGGUGAUACUCUGCCCAACGGAGAUGGACAUCCAGGUGCGGCGGGUCCUGCAGAUCCCCCUGUGGUCCCAGCGAGUGAUCUACCUCCAGGGCUCUGCACUGAAGGACCAGGACCUCAUGAGAGCCAAGAUGGACAAUGGUGAAGCCUGCUUCAUUCUCAGCAGCCGAAACGAGGUGGACCGCACGGCGGCGGAUCACCAGACCAUCCUGAGAGCCUGGGCUGUGAAAGACUUUGCUCCAAACUGUCCUCUCUAUGUUCAGAUCCUAAAGCCUGAGAACAAGUUCCAUGUCAAGUUUGCUGAUCACGUCGUCUGUGAAGAGGAGUGCAAAUACGCCAUGCUGGCACUGAACUGCGUCUGCCCCGCCACCUCCACCCUCAUCACGCUGCUGGUCCACACCUCCCGUGGCCAGUGA